CUCUUGCUUCCAGGAGAGGCUUCCAUUGCCCUUUCCCCCCAUCUGGUUUCUAUUCAGCUCAUUCUCUUUCUGCUGCUGCGAAAGGCUCUGGUCUAAUGGCUUUCUCAGCCGAGGGCGAGAUUCCGGAGGAGGAGGAAGGGGAGCAUGAUGCGCUGGCUGGCUGACACAACCUUCGCUCCAUGGGCUUUGGAAGGGGCUGGCUCUGGAGGGGUGGGGGAAAGAGUUCAGCUCCUAGCCUGAGGGAGAGGAGGAAAGGGAGAGGCGCUUUGCCCAGGAGAGGAAGAUGCUGCUGUUGUGGCUUGUGGCGGCCCUCCUGGCUCUCUCGCAAUGUGCACAGGCAGAAACAUACACGUCCAUGCUGAGCAUCCAGGAGGCGCUGGCGACUGAGAGAGAGCUCCUUCGCGCCUUGCACACCUACCUCGAAGAGGAGGCCAACAGGCUCAAGGACCUCAGGAGAUUCUACAGGAAGAUCCAGGCCGUACAUCAAAGUGUGGGCAGCACUCUGGUUAACCCUUUAUUGGCCUACACACUCAUCAAGAGAUUGCAGUCUGAUUGGCUGAACGUGGUGUACAGCUCAGAAGCCAGCGACAACAGCCAAGCACUGAAGAAUGGCUACCAGAGACUGGAAGAGAACCUGCCUAUCUUUGAGGACCUGGAGGGGGCUGCCCAGGCAGUCAUGCGCCUGCAGGAUGUCUAUUCUCUGAGCGUUAAGGGGCUGGCCAAAGGGAAGUUCCAGCGGAUUAGCAACAUUCCCCUCCCUGAGAUCUACAAGCCCAGCCAGGAUUUCUCUCUGUCUGCUGACGACUGCUUCCACAUUGGCAAGGUUGCCUAUGACAUGGAGGAUUACUACCACUCCAUUCUGUGGCUGGAAGAAGCUGCCAGCCUCUUCCGGGUUUCCUAUGGGAGCUGGAAUGCAGAGGAUGAGGGGAGCCUCGAAGAUGCUCUGGACCACCUGGCCUUUUCUUAUUUCAAGGCAGGAAACAUUUCUCAUGCCUUAAGCCUCUCCCAAGAAUUUCUCCACUAUGAUCCAAGCAACAAGAGGCUUGCAAGGAACGUCCUCAAGUACAAGACGCUUCUGAUGGCAAAUCCUGAUGGUGGUGAGGAAGAGGUGGCCUUACAGAGACCAAACGUGACCCAGCUGGAAACCAGAGAUGUUUAUGAAAAGUUGUGCCAGACUCUAGGGGCUCAGCCAUCCCAAUACCAGUGGCCCCACCUCUCCUGCUCCUACGAGACAAAUGGGGCUCCCCUCUUGAUGCUCCAGCCACUGAAGAGAGAAGUUGUCCAUCAGCAACCUUACAUCGCCCUCUAUCAUGACUUUAUCAGCGAUGCUGAAGCCGAGAAGAUCAAGGCACUCGCUGCUCCAUGGUUGCAGAGGUCAGUGGUUGCCUCUGGAGAAAAGCAGCAGAAGGUAGAGUACCGGAUAAGCAAGAGUGCCUGGUUGAAGGACACCUUGGAUCCAGUGACUGUGGCAUUAGAUCAACGGAUCGCAGCCCUGACCGGCUUGAACAUCCAACCCCCUUAUGCAGAAUAUCUGCAGGUGGUAAACUAUGGAUUAGGGGGGCACUACGAGCCCCAUUUUGACCAUGCGACUUCGGAAAAAAGCCCCGUUUACAGGAUGAAAUCCGGAAACCGAAUAGCCACAUUGAUGAUCUAUCUGAGUUUAGUAGAAGCUGGAGGAUCCACUGCCUUCAUCUAUGCAAAUCUCAGCAUUCCUGUUGUCAAGUGGCCAACAAGUGGUUCCACGAACACGGGCAGGAGUUCCGAAGGCCGUGUGGCACCAGCCCAGAAGACUAGAGAACCCGAGCGCUUGGUUGGGUUCGGCAGAUACAACAGAGCAGCUGCAACUGAAAGGGGAAGAGAAUCUGAAGACCUGCUCCCUCCCAUCCUGACGCGGCCAGGUCUGGAAAGGCCACCUGGGGUGUGUUGAGCCAAGGCCAAAAGGGGACUUGGCAAGGUUUUCUCAGGCAUUUUAUGUAGUCUGAGGUGUGGAAAGGGGAAUGUAGAGGAGGAAAGACAGGAACAGCUGGGUAUUCUGGCAGAGAAGAAGCUUCUUUUCUACUGUAUAGGCUUGUGUGUAUAUGUAUAAACAGACGCAGAGAAAAGCAUCGCUGAAGGAGUGGGUUCCAUGCUGCAUAUGGCCUGGGGAGACGAGAACCUCCAGAGGCAGGGGGCAGAGCAAGGAGGUGGGGACCAAACUCUGCCCAGGGCUCUGCAGACAGGAAGAAGCGAGGCACACCAGAAAGGAGGUGCUUUCUGCGGUACCCUGUUGAUGCAAAAGGGAACAAUUUCAUUUGUUGUUCUGUGCCUUCAAGUCAACUACGACUUAUGGCGACCCUAUGAAUCAGUGACCUCCAAGAGCAUCUGUCAUGGACCACCCUGUUCAGAUCUUGCAAGUUCAGGUCUGUGGCUUCCUUUAUGGAAUCAGUCCAUCUCUUGUUUGUCCUUCCUCUUUUUCUACUCCCUACUGUUUUCCCCAGCAUUAUUGUCUUUUCUAGUAUCGGUCCAAAAUAACUCUGGGUGACAUCCAGCCAUGUCACGCUCAGAGGAAGUUUAUACUAAGUCAGACCGUUGGUCCAUCUAGCUCAGUAUUGUCUACACUGACUGGCAGCAGCUCUCCAGGUUUUCAGACAGGAGUCUCUCCCAGCCCUACCCGGAGAUGCCGGGGACUGAAUUUAGGACCACCUGCAUGUAAGGCAGAUGCUCUACCGCUGAGUCGCGGUCCUUCCCCAAAAGCAGACCCACUGAAAUCAAUGAACGGAUGUCCAUUGGUUUUCAUGGGUCUACUCAGAGCAUGAUUUUUUGUUGCAAGCUGCUACUAAUGCAAUAUUCUAUAAGCGAUGGCCUUGUUCCACCUCUUGACUUCUUGGGAGGGUGUCUAGGAGGAAGUUGCCGGCUUUCCUCUUCAUCACCUCCGUCUCUUUAAAUUAAAGGGAACCCCGUCCGUUUGGAGGACCACUGCCAUCUGGGAGGGGUGGGGUGUAAAUUUAAGAAAGAAAGAAAGAAGACACACUCCUACCAAAAUUUCCCUUGCUCUUCUAAGGGUGCUGCAAGAUGGGAAUCUAUUGUAGAACUGGUGCCACUAACGGCCCCAAGUUUUAUUGCAGUGUCCACACAGCUUGAUAAGGGGUUUGCCUUUAAUCUGGAUUUCCCCUCUCCAUGGCAAAUCUGGUAAGUAAAAAUGACCCAUUAUACAUCUGUAGUCACUGCUUGUGUGGAAGCUUGUUAGCACAUUUUGGGGGGGGGUCCCAUGUGAGGUGUGACACCCCUGCACUUCACUUUUUAUUUGCUUCACACCUGAGCACAACCUCGUCAUUUUGUCUCCAGUGGCCCAUCAAUGCAAAAUGAAAGACAUGAAUUUCCACUUAUUGCUGCAUGCCUAAGGCCAUUUCAUUCAUUGGCGAUCACUCGUGGCCGUGACUGUGGAGGCCAAUUCUGGAUCCACACAGCAUCCCACAGUGAGGACAUAGGUUUUCUGAUGGCAGAUGGUCACGAUGAGGAUUUGCUUGAUGUGCCUUCCGCUUAGCUCAUUUGUCCCUUUCGCCCUGUACUUGUGCUUCUUCAAAGUCCAUAGCACCUUUGAUAAUGGCCGACCUCCAAUUGGGACGCUCAUGGGCCAAGGCUUCCCAGUUCUUGAUGCUUAUGUUACAUUUUUUUAGAUUAGCUUUGAGAACAUCUUUAAACCUCUUUUGCUGUCCACCGAUAUUCCGCUUUCCAUCCUUAAGUUGGGAGUAGAGUAGCUGCUUUGGAAGACGGUGAUCAGGCAUUCGAACAACAUGGCCGUCCAGCGAAGUUGAUGUUGGAGGAUCAUUGAUUCAACACUGGUGGUCUUUGCUUCUUCCAAUACACAGCCGGUUUGGAGGAAACACUCUCUCAAGAAUCUCUAUCCAGUAAAUGUGAGGGGAUUAUCUUGGAGACUGGAAUUGUACAACAUAUACCAGGCUGUUUUUUUAAAAAAAAAUUAUUAUUAUUAUUAUUAUUAAAGAGGAAGGUCUUGCAGAAGUCCUUUGUAUUAGUCUUGCAUAAGGCUUUAGUAAUAAUUUUUUUAAAAACCCAAAUGGAAGUGGAUAUUACCCACGCACCCACCCACAAGCAAAACCCUCAAUUUUCCUCAUUGUGAAACAUGAUAACUGAUUGGAUAAGGCUGGCAAUCUUUGCUUUUCUGCAGAGCAAAGGGUUUUUCGUUACAGGUUUGUGUGAGAGAGAGAAAGAGAAGGGGGGGUACAUAAAUACUUGUAUGACCAAACCAAGAAAGAGUAGUGAAGGGCUUCAGCUAGUGCAGAAUGCUGAUAGGGGCAGACAGCAUGCGACAUCUCUGCUAAAACAUCUGCACCGGCUGCCACAUCAUGCAGUACCAGGCCAUGUUCAAGACUGCUAUGUUGAUAUACAAAGACCUGAACAAUUGGGGUCCAGGAUACCUUAAGUGGCAGAAAUGUUUUGAUUAUAGUUGUAUAAAUGGGACACUUUCAAACAAUACUUAUUGUUUUUCCAUGUUUUGAUUUGUUACAUUUAGUUUGUUUAUGAUUGUAUAAUA